CAACUUUCUUGCAGCAAGGACAGGGCCUGUCUCUCUUUACGAACUUGAUACAAGACUUCAAGACUCUUGCUCUGGGUCCUGAGGUGUCAUGGGUGUGUCUUGUGUGCCAGAAGAAGCAGGAGAUGCUCACUAAAACUGGUAACUGGUUUGGACCUGCAAUAACUGCCAAUGAAACUAAACCAAGCAAUGACUCUGACUUAAAAUUAAGUGAGUUUAGAGCAAUUCCAACAGAAGAAGAUAAACGAGCUAUGAGGCGACAAGGUUCCUUACACAGAUCUGAUUCUGGAAGGGGUAGUGGGAGAAGGACAAAAGGGAAGGAUGGUGAACGAAAUCGGUUUCGCAGGCCAUCAGUUUCUGAUGAGGAGGUGGAUUCACUACAUGAGACACCCCCUGGGAGCCCUGCUUACUUAAGUGAUGAUGAGUUGUACAGACCAGAUGAAAAUAAAGUACGACGAAAAGUUGUAAAAUUCAAGGGACAUGAAGAGUUAGAUCAUGCUCCUCAUGGCCGUGCUGCUGGUGGAAUGCCAAACAUGCAAAGGGCCGGCCCCAUGAAUCAAGGAGCAGGAAGAGGACUGGCAGUGCCCGGUCAAGCUCAAGGAAUUAGAUCAGGACAACCUCAACAACCCCAGGGACCAGGUGUCAGACCUGGUGUUCCCCCAGGGGGACCUCACGGUAGAGGAAUGCAUGGUCCAGUAUCUCAACCAGGAAUGCACCCCAACUUUCCCCCUCAGCAACAGAAUUCAAGCUUUACUCCAGUGGGACAUCCAGGAACCUCUCCUGCUGCACGAGGAGCUCUGCCAGCUUCUCAGCAGCAGGGUCCCAGGGGAGCUGUUGCUCCAAACCAACCUAGACCUGGUUUUGGAAUGAGAGGGCCUCAUCAGCAGCCAAGAUUUCCAGCACCCCAACAACAAGCUGCAGGUGGUUAUGGCAGAGCAGCACCCCCUGGAAGCCAACCUGGAGUUCCCUUUCCAGGACAGGUUGAUGGGAAACCUGGUCAUGGAAGAGGGGUUCCACCUGGCUCCCAACCUGGCAACCAUUUAGGUCCAAGGCCAGGAGGACCAGCUGUUGGGCAUCCAUCAAUGGACAAUAGGCCAAGACAGCCAGGAAGUUUCCCUCCAAAUCAUGUAGGAGGCCCUCACCCAGUGCAAGGUAGCCCAAGACCUGGUGACCGCAUGGGACCCCAGCAUAGUCCAAGAGCAGGUGCACCACCGGGAGUGACUCAGAUGGGGCCUAGGAUGAUUGUUGGUGGGCAACCACGUCAUGGAAUGCCAGCUGGUCAACAGGGUGGCCAGCCUCAGCAUCCAGGCCAGUUAGGCUCGCCACGCCUAAAUUUGGGCCCUGAUCCAGCAAAAAUGCAGUCAGGGUCACUAAGGCAAGGACCUCCUCUGGAUCAACAUCCUAAAGGCCCGACUGGCUCUCCUUUAAUGGGACCUGAUCCAAUGAGAGGUCCAAUGAGCUCACCUAGGCUAGGUACUCCUAGAAACCAUGUAGGGACACCCCAGCAAGGUCCAUAUCCAGAACAAGGAAGGGGCAAAGUAGAUGGUAUGCCUGACCAAACAAGGGGGCGAAUGGGACCAUCUCCACAGGAGCCAAGAUUAGAACAGCAACCAAGAGGGCCCUAUGGAAAUCAACCACAGGGCUCUCCUUUGGACCCCUCUAGAGGGCAGUAUGGACCUGCACAACCAGGUCAUCCUAUGGAACAAGGAAAGCCAAGGGCUAGCUCUGUUGAUAAAGGUCCAGUGUUAGAUCAGUCAGGAAGGCAACAUUUGCCUGAUUCUAGAAAUGGAUAUAGUCCUGAGGCGCAGAAUGUUGUACCUCACAGGUUUCCAGAUCAGCAUGGUCAAGGUGCGCAACAAAAGUCUGACAGCAGAAACAGCCAGAUACAUGAUAGCUCCAUGAUGAAUGGAAGGGUGGGACCUGCCCUCUCCAACAGGCAGGAGAGAGUGGAGCUGAGACCUGUUGCUGGUGAUUCUAAUCAGCACGGCAUGCUGGGGCAGUCACCCAAACGAACAGAUAGACCUGGAUAUCGAGAUGGCGUCAGAUCAUUUGAUGAGGAGCCUGAUGGCAGAAGAAGCCCACCAAGGAGCAUGUCACUUGAUGAGACAAGAGACAAGAGUAACUUGUUCUUUAAAGAUGAGCCACCUUCAAUACAGGAUCGAGAGUCUUUGGGAGACAGAUUUGUCAGUGCUCUUUCUAUUAAGAAAUCUGCUCCCUCUACUGCCACCUCUUCUUCUUCUUCUCCUUCUGUGUCCAUGACACCUUCUGCUGUUGUCAGUAACCUUGUCAGCUCUGUCAAGAAAUCUGAAAUCAUUCCUGCUGUUGAGACCAACACAGACCCCUUGCAGACCUUUGUCAAGUGGUCUGCUCCUGACGAAGACAACAAGUGUUUAGGCGAAGUGCUGCUGACAAUAGACCCAAAAUACAAGGGCUCAUCAACUGAUCCGUACAGUGCAUAUGGGCUUAAGGUGAUUGGUGGAAAGAUGACAGAUGAUGGGAAACUGGGAGCUUUUAUCACUGAGAUACGAAAGGGAGGUCCAGCUGAGAGACAAGCCAAGCUUCAAAUUGGUGAUGAAAUUCAGGACUGGAAUGAACAGUCUUUGGUGGACUGCACGUUUGAGGAAGUAGUGGAAAUUAUCAACUCAUCCAUGGAGGACAAUCAAGAUAGCAACGAACUUCACCUCAUCGUGUGUAGAGAUAAGAGUAAAUUUCCAGCUAGGACCUCCCAGUCACCCGACAAGUCACCACGGGGACAAGAACAAAAGAGGGAAUCUCCCAAGCAGGUCCCUACCAGAGAGUCCCCCGUAAAAAGGGACCGGAUGUCCCCAUCUGCAGCUCCAAUGUCACUUCAACAGGACAGAAAGCCACCGGAUAGCAGAAGGGAAGAGACCACAGUCAUACCAACACAGAGGGAGAAUGGGCUUAUGUCUACUGGUAGAAGUCAGUCGUCUUCGUACGAGCCCCCAGCAGAUGACGAUUUUUUCUUUGGUGGCGGUCCUUUACCGGAUGAAAAAUCCAACAAGUCUGUGAAACAAACUGGUGCCGGACAAGGACAAGGACAAGGACAAGGAAAAGGAGCAAGAGUUACAGGUCGUCUACAGUUGAAACUGUUCUAUGACGAAGAUGCUGCGAACUUGAACGUGACAGUUGUGGGAGCUGAAGGCCUGGCUCCUAAAGAGACCACCACACCACCUAACCCUUAUAUUAGGAUUUACUUUCUUCCUGAUAAGAGCAUGCAGAGCAAAAGACGAACAAAGACAGCGAUGAAAUCUUUCAAUCCCAAAUGGAAUCAGACGUUUGUUUAUCCGUGCCGGCCACAGAAGUUCAGUGGCCGUGCUCUCGAAGUGACCGUAUGGGAUUAUGAUAAAGUUGGCUCAAGCGAGUUUAUUGGCGAGGUUGUUUUGAGCAUGUCUGAGGCAAACCUCGACGGUAACGGGUACUGGUACCCACUCAAGAACCACGAAGACGACAAUGAUCCUUUGGUGCCGCCCACUCCUAACCAGUCUCCUCACAACUCAUUCAGAUUUAAAGGAGCGAGAGGAGCUGGGGAGCCAGUAAGCGAUCAAGCUGGUCCGACCGGUUAUGGAAGCGAUUACGAGGAAGAGUCGAGAUAUACUCCAAAUGGACCGGUAACUAGUUCCCAGCCUCCGUUUCAGUCACCCGAGAAUGACCUGCUGAAGCAACAGUUGAUUGAUCAUCACCGAGACAGUCCCAGACCUCCGUUCGUCCAACAACAGAUGGUGCAAGCGUACACUGCCAAGCCAUACCAUACGUCACCAAAUCAUCCGUCCCAGUCUCCUCAGCCAGGUUCUAGCUACCCCCAUUAUGCCGCUGACCCCAACAGAAUGCUGGCGCAACAGACUAGACCAAUGCAUCACCAACAUGGACCUGGUCGCUUUCACGACGAUCGCAUGUCCCCGAGUAUACAUGGUUAUAUUUCCCCCGGAACGUAUUCCCCUGGUAGAAUGUCCCCUAGCGGAGGCCCCGGGGCUAAAAAGUCCCGCAUGUUGCCUCAAUUGCCGCCAGGACGCGAACCUAUGGACGAAGAAGAGCGGGCCCGAGCUGUUAAACAGAAAUUAAAAGAUGUCGACCCUGCUAGGGCUAAACUAGUCGUUGGCGGCGCUAAAGGCCGGAUGGGAUAUGGCCAGGCCCCAGACGCCGUGUUUGCGCAAAACGAGGGAAUGUUUGAUCCGGGCAUGUCCCCGCGACCUGGGCGCCAGUCUCCGAGACCCAUGGCCCGAACGGGGAGUCCGUCGCCCUUACCAGGGCAUAAGCAUUCUUUGGGGAUGCCCCCGCAUCAUCAGGGGCCACAUACUCCUCAAGACCGCAUGUAUUCACCUGAUAUGCCACCGCAUGACCAUGGAGUACCGUAUGAAAGUCACAGACGACCCCAAGACGGAAGACGGCGCCGCAACAGUUUAAGCAACUUGCCAAACCUUGAUUCGGAAGGCGAGAGGCCUAGAAGUCCAUUUCCAAUCCCAAGUCCAGUCCCUCUCGGUCAUGGCAGAAGUCAGAGCAGCUCAAGCUUACAUGAUAAAGAUCGCGGGCUCCCAAACGGCAAACUGCUGGCUCGUGAAGAAGCUCGUUCCGGCAGUCUAAAUAAUCUUCAUGUCUUCCCUACAGGCGGUUACAUCAAGCCAUCCCGCGGGACGGGACGUAGCGAGAGCUUCGGUGGAAGUGGGAGGAGCAGUCGGUCGUCAUCUAUAGCAAGUGACAGGAGCGGAAGCUUGAACAGUAUACCAGGCUCGGUUACUAGUGUCGAGAGUAGUCCUUGGGUUCCGCCCGGAAUAAAACUUGGAAACGAGGGUCACCUGAAUGAUUUUAUCGAUGGCUUAGGUCCAGCGCAGAUUGUUGGGCGCCAGGUUCUCGCAUCACCCUCCAUGGGAGACAUCCAAUUGGCGCUCUACAACAGGCGAGGAGUGUUAGAGGUCGAGGUCAUCAGAGCCAAGGGAUUGCUACCGAAACCGGGCUCGAAGAUUCUACCAGCGCCUUAUGUUAAAGUAUAUGUCAUGGACGGUAAACGCUGCUUAAUUAAAAAGAAAACCAGAACCGCAAGAAGAACGUUAGAACCGUUAUAUCAACAACAACUCGAGUUCAAGGUAGAAUUCACUGGAAAGACACUUCAGGUUAUUGUGUGGGGAGAUUACGGACGCAUGGACAGAAAAGUCUUCAUGGGCGUUGUACAGAUUUUACUCGACGAGUUGGACCUUAGUAAUCUUGUUAUUAGUUGGUAUAAACUGUUUUCUACGUCAUCCAUGUGUGAUCCACCCCUUCCAUCAUCUUCCUCCCCACUCGGUGGUGGAUCGCCAAAAAAGUCCCCAGGUCCUUCCCCUAGGGAUCCGGGCGUGCCCAGUCCUAUGCGCAUGACGUCACCGAUGCCCACUAUCAUCCCGCCACCAGGUCACGCGCAUAACAUGGACGAGGAGGGAGACUAUGUAUGAGUUUGACAUCUGUAUGACAUGGAUUAAGCUUGGGGCGUCCACUGUGGAAUUCUGGGAAUUCUGUUUGGAGUAAAAGUUCACUCGGAGUUGAAAUGUUCAUGCUUGAUGAAUAAACAGACGAUAUGUGAAAUGUUUUUUACCACGGAAACGCUUUAUGGGCGAAGUAGACCGAGAAUCAGUUACAUUUAUAGUUAAAUUAUGAACAAUUUUAAGACUAAGUUGGACAAGAGCCGACCUCGCCCCAGACUUUCAGUUGAUUGAUCACAGGGUGACACAGACGAGGAUCAUGUGACUAGUUUUUACGUAAGUAAAAAAGUUAGGUAAGGAACUUGAGCUUAAUUUUUCUCUCAAUUAAGAACAAUCUAAAGAGACGUGCUUAUAGGAACCACGAACUAAUAUUCAGAAGGAAAAAUAACUUUGGAUGAAAAAAAACUUUUCAUCAUUGAACACGCCGUGGUAAAAUUGCCUCUUUAAAUUUACCGCCUGAUUGAAAAAAAGAUCCGAAGCGAAUAUAAACGAACCACUGUUAUGUGCAAGUCAUUCAGUUAUGGCUAUUGCGUCAUUUUAUUAGUCAAUGAAUAACCACCGAUGUCUUAACUUCACUGUUUGACCUAACUGGUUGCCUUGUUUCAUAUAAGGUUGAUCCUUUGACUUCCCUGAUCUGGUAAGAAAUUCUCCUUACGAGCUGCUCAGUACACAUUGCCAUGAAAAAUUGGUAGGGGAAUGUGGUGCUAUAUGAAGGUGACUCAUUCCUACUGAUGCGCAUGUCAAUUCUCAUCACCUGUUGUUUUCAUAAUGAAUAGACAUUGUAAGGAGAAGCUGUAUUUUAGUCACUUCUGGAAGUCAGAGGUUUGAUUCUCUAGCCCUGUGCUGUUCUUUAAAUAUAAGGACUGCAGAAAGAUCAGUGUUAGGUAUAUAAUUUUUCAGUUUUCAAUCCUUUUUCGUUUUUUACAUUAUGAGCAAAUGUCUAAGUUUAGUCUUGUCGGCAGCAGUUCUAUGGUUCGUCACACAACUAUUUCCUGAUCAGAAACGUAGCGUGACAAAAUAGUUCCGCGGGCAAGGACCAAACCUGUGUAAGGGCUCAAUAGUCGCGUGACAUAGGGUCUUAUGUCGCGUGACGGUCUUAUGCUCACCGGGUCGAAACGGUGCAUAACGCAAGAGUAAUGUGUGACAAAUCAAAUAGUACUGAAUAUCAAAUGGCACAUUUUCAAGAGUAGAUAACCAGUAAAAAGGAAGAUUAAUUUAAGUAAAAUAGAGAAUUUCAUUUAAGUAGCGUUGGGUUUUCAACGACGGUUUGACCGAUAUAGUUAUGUAUUAAACUAGUAUCUUAUAUAAUUUCACUUUUCACUUCACCAAAGUCUUUGGUAGUGGAAAUAUGGACGAGAAUGGUUCUUUGUUCAAGCAUUCCACGUCGUAGGUAGACAUCUUUUAUUUAUAAGGAAAUAUUUAUUUAAAGACACUGAAGAGACAAUAUAUCAAAGGAUUGUACAACUGUUGUAAUAUUAUCACUAAUAUGUAUUUAUUGUAUUAUUUGAAUCUUGGGGAAUGAAGUUCUUUUUGACGGAAAUAGUAUUUAUGUGCUUUUUAAAGCUUAAAUCAAACGUAAUGAGGUAGCUAAAUAAAUU